AUGAGCGGUCUGAAAGAGGAAAGAGAGGCUGCAGCUGAGAUUUUCAAGAAUGAGGGUUUGAAAGAGGAAAUCAACAAUGUGGGCUCGGUGGAUGAUAAGAAGAGAUUGAUCGACGAUGUUAGGCAGGCUUUAUACGCAUCCAAGAUUUGCAGUUACGCCCAAGGGAUGAAUUUGCUGAGGGCAAAGAGUAUGGAGAAAGGUUGGGGCCUGAAUUUGGGUGAGCUUGCUAGGAUUUGGAAAGGCGGGUGUAUUAUUAGGGCCGUUUUCUUGGAUAGGAUCAAGCAAGCUUACCAGAGAAAUCCGGGCCUUCCGAAUUUGUUGGUCGACCCUGAAUUUGCUCGGGAGAUGGUUCAAAGGCAGGCGGCUUGGAGGCGGGUUGUUGGCUUGGCCAUCCAGAGGGGUGUUAGUGUUGCCGGAAUGUCGGCAAGCUUGCAGUAUUUUGACACGUACAGGCGUGGGAGGCUUCCGGCUAACCUCGUGCAGGCACAAAGAGACUACUUUGGGGCGCAUACUUACGAAAGGGUUGACCUUUCGGGGGCUUACCACACUGAGUGGUCAAAGCUUGCUCGGAAAGCCAGAUUGUAG